CUCCCACUACCCGACUCUCCCGAUCUUGACUUGAGUGACGCCGUCACUAUCGCAGAGGCCCGUGGCCACACUCUAGCAGCCAAAACAGCAGGCUCUCAUCACCAGGUCAAAGGCCCAAGGGGCAAAGGUAAGGCCAACCAAAACAUUGCAUCUGCUAACUCAAAAAAGCAUUCCCGAGAGGACACUGAAGAUGACGAUGAAGUGCAUGCUCGGCGAGGACGCCCUCAAGGAUCUAACAACUACACCAGCUCAGACGUCAAAGUUCUUCUGGACAUGGUCUGUCAGGAGCUUCCCCUCAGUCAACAUGGAUGGCAGGCUGUUCACGUCAAGUUUGGCCAAUGGGCAAAGGCAAAUGGCCGGCCUGAAUGCAAAGUUACUUCGCUCGAGACAAAGUUCAAGCAGCUGGUGAAGACCACGAAGCCAACAGGAGACAGUGUCUGCCCUCCAGAGGUUACAUGUGCACAUUGCAUUGAUCAACUUAUCAACGAGCGUGCGGGCACGCGUGACCUGGACGACAUGGAUUUUGAUGACAUCGAAGACAACGACGGCAAUCACUCUGUCGUCUCCGAUCAGUUUCAGGAUGAGUUAGACCAUACCUCCCCCCUAAUUCAGCACACCGCUCUUGCAUGCUCCACUGCUCGCACCGAAGCCCCCAUUUCGCGUCGCAACGCUCGAGGAGCUGCCGCUACAGAUCUCCUCACUCAUCUCUCUGGUGCUUUGGACCCAGCUGCCCAGCGCGACUGUGAUGAAGAUCACGCUAAUUGCAGCUUCGCUACUGUGCAGCUGCUUACCCAAAGCCAGCAGCUCCAAGACUCAAAUGCCAAUGUCAAAAACUUACAGGGACAACUCUUUGGUUUGUGCAAUUGUUUGUAUGACGCCGAAUGCGAAUGCGAUCGUGCUCAGCUUCGCAUUGAGAUGAUUGAGAUGACUGGAUCCACACACUGUCGGCAUAUCCGGAUGCCCAAAUGCAAGAACUUACAGCAGGAAUGGUACCCUGAGGGUGGGGGAUCUGUCAGGUGGAUCACAGACAAGGGUGAAAGUACCGCAUCCGAG